AUGGCCACCACAGAAAGUGCCGAUCCUGAGGCACUGUACACCAAGCAAGCAUGCAUAGGAGGAGGAAGCUUCGGCAAAGUCUACAAGGGCGUCGACAAGAGGACAGGGCAAUCCGUGGCUAUCAAGAUCAUCGACGUCGAGAAUGCAGACGACGAGGUGGACGACAUCAUUCAAGAGAUCUCUAUCCUGUCAGGCCUCAACUCGCCAUACGUCACCAAGUACUACGGAUCAUAUCUCAAGGGAUCAGACUUGUGGAUCAUCAUGGAAUACUGCUCGGGAGGUAGCUGUGGGGACAUGCUCAAGCCAGGCGUAAUACCGGAGGACUACAUAUGCAUAAUUGUGCGCGAGCUGUUGUUGGGACUCGAGUAUCUCCACAGCGACGGGAAGCUCCAUAGAGACAUCAAGGCCGCCAACAUUCUUUUGGGUGCCAAUGGACAGGUCAAGCUUGCAGAUUUUGGAGUGUCUGGCCAGCUGACGGCGACUAUGACGAAGAAGAAUACCUUUGUCGGCACUCCGUUCUGGAUGGCACCCGAAGUAAUCAAGCAAUCUGGAUACGACCACAAAGCAGACAUAUGGUCUCUUGGUAUCACUGCGCUCGAAUUAGCGCUUGGCGAACCUCCUUACAGCGACAUACAUCCCAUGAAGGUCCUCUUUCUGAUUCCAAAGAACCCCGCACCCAUCCUCGAAGGCAAUUUCAGCAAGGACUUCAAGGACUUUGUAUUCAAGUGCCUUCGAAAAGAACCGCGGGAGAGACCGAGCGCGAGGGAGUUGCUGAAACACCCCUGGAUAAGAAGAGCGAAGAGGACGGCGUAUCUGACCGAGCUGAUUGAGAGGCACGAGAGAUGGCAAGCCACGCACCGGGAGGAUAGGGAUGGCGACGAUGACGAUUCGUUGAUCGACUCCCCAUCACGAGAUCCAGACGAGGAAGAUCUUUGGGACUUUGGCACUGUCAGACCUGCUGGACGGCGGAAUCAUGGGCCCGGACUCAGAACCAUGAAUGAGUCCGGGAUGAAUUCACGAAGCUCACAUGUGCCAACCUCACCAACGAAGCGAUCCGUCUCGAACAAGGAGAACGAUGCAUCCAGUAACGACGAUCACGAGAACAACGAAAACAUAGAAGGUAGUACCAUUCGCGGCGGUGGUGCCAUGCUGCCUCCUCCAUUACCAAAGACACCUUCGCCCACCAAAAAGCCAGCCCCGUUGCAGUCUCCUGGAUUCGCCGCGAAGACGGCUCUCCCAGCAUCCCCGGUGCGAAAGCCGAUUGCAGUUCAGACACCACCACAGACACCACGCCACGAGGAAGUCGUAUCAUCACCCAAACCUCCAGCAACACCGCAGACGCCACGUUUGCUCAACGAUGACUUUCUGCAACAGUCCAUUGCUAGCGACAUGUCACAGUACAUGAAAGGUUUAUCACUUCAAGAGAAGCCAAUCUCGGCACCGAAACUACAACCCGCGACAUCUAUGCCCUCGAACCUGGACGGCGCUGCGUCUUCACGCCAGCCACAGGCGAACGGUGCGUCUUCCCACGUGGCGAUCCCAUCGAGUCAAUCCACGAACGAGUUGUACCAAAAGCCUCUUCCCAGUUUUGCACCCCCUGCACCUGCGGCGAAGACCGAGCAGCAGCGACCACAAUUGCCGCGAGUCCAGAGCGAGCAGCCACGCUCUUCCAUUGAUUCGGCUCGGAGCGAGGCAUCCACAUCCGCGUCUCGUCCAGCGACCGCCACAACAGCCUGGACAAGCACCGCCGCUAGUCUCCAGCCCCAGCCAGUCUUCGAUGUACAAAAUCAAGACCUGCAAGCCGAGCAACCAAUCACCGCCCUGAACUCGGUCGUGAUCCCAGCCCUGGAAGCAGCACUGCACCGUCGAAGCUACCAACUCUCCCUCUUGCAGAAGAAGCACAACUCUGCCGCGAGUCGAACGAGCAACAGCACGAGCGAUAGAAAGCAAGCAGAAGAAGAUCUGCAACUCAAGCGGGAGGCGCACGAUCAGGUCCGCAAAUGCAUGGGCAAGGUAUCUCGGCUGUUCAAGGAGAUCGACCACUGGGACACGGUGGCGCCUGUGGGGAUGGGCGAUGGCGUCGAAGGGCUGCUCGAGGGCUUUCUGGAAGAAGUCUUGUGUCGCGUCGAGGCGGAGGAUGCUUGA